GCACCACUACCUACAUCAGCUUUACUCUCACCUGAAACCAGCGGAUUCAACAUCUACCCUAAAAGCAUAGAGUGUUUAAGUUCUUGCUUUCUCAUAAUUUUUUUUUUUUCCCUCCAAUGGCUUGCAAAUUGACCUUUACCUUGAUACCCCCUGGCUUAUUCCCAACCUUAAAACAAAAACCUUUGAUUGCUUUCUCUUCAUCUCAUUCAAUGAGUGUCCAAUCCAAUGGAAAGCAACUGUGCGUUCGACACAGAUUGCUCAUACUUCCUAGCAAAGCUACAGCUGAUCAACAAGGCAAGGUUGAAGAAGGCGAGGUUGUUGAUGGUAAAAUUCUACCAUAUUGUAACAUAGACAAGAAAGAGAAGAAAUCAUUGGGUGAAAUGGAACAAGAGUUUCUUCAAGCACUGCAAGCAUUCUAUUAUGAGGGAAAAGCUAUCAUGUCCAAUGAGGAAUUCGAUAAUCUAAAGGAAGAACUGAUGUGGGAAGGAAGCAGUGUUGUCAUGCUAAGCUCAGAUGAACAGAAGUUUUUAGAAGCCUCAAUGGCUUAUGUGAGUGGAAAACCAAUCCUGAAUGACAAAGAAUUUGAUAAACUGAAGUUGAGGCUAAAGAUGGAAGGAAGCGAAAUUGUAGCUGAGGGUCCAAGAUGCAGUCUCCGCAGUAGAAAGGUGUACAGUGACCUGUCUGUUGACUAUUUCAAGAUGUUCUUGCUGAACGUGCCAGCAACUGUUAUAGCACUGGGAUU